AUGGGUUUUGUGGAGGUCUGGAUCCGAAUGGUCAUGUCUUGUGUUUCAUCAAUGAAAUACUCGGUGAUUCUUAAUGGCAGCGUCACCGAUUCCUUUAUCCCCUCUCGCGGUUUACAUCAAGGCGACCCUUUAAGUCCCUUCUUGUUCUUAAUCUGUAGUGAAAGCCUUUCCUCUCUCUCCUCCGCCAAGCCCCCAGAGAUUAUUAAUUAUGAUAAGUCAAAUGUCUUUUUCAGUGGGAAUGCGAGCAAUGUAAAAAGUCAGAAGUUUGUCGUACUCUUGGCGUUAGAAGGUCAGACAGUCUUGAAAAUUAUCUCGGUCUUCCUUCCAUGGUGGGCAGAAAUAAAAGGCGGCCUUUCUCAAGAUAAAAGAGAAUCUUCUGAAUCGUAUCAAAGUUGGAGCACCAAACUCCUCUCGUUGGGGGGCAGGGAGGUGUUCAUCAAGUUACUCCUCCAGUCUAUUCCUGUGUACACAAUGUCUAUUUUCUUGCUGCCUAAUAAUCUUUAUAGAGAACUCGAAGCUUAUCGCUCGAUAUUGGUGGCAGAAAUCAGCGUCAAGACGUGGUAUCCACUGGUGGACUUAGUUCUAUCUCACUCUGCUGAAGACUUAUGGGGGCAUGGAGAUCUCGGAAAGUUUAAUAUUGCUCUGUUAGCUAAGCAAAGGUGGGGACUCAUUUCCAACCCGAGCUCCUUGGUUGCUCGGCUUUUGAGAGCAAAAUACUUCCCAAAUUCAUCCUUGCUGCAAGCUAGCCUCGGCGGUCAUCCUUCCCUUAUUUGGAGGAGCAUUUGGAGCGCAAGAAGGCUUAUCGAGAUGGGUAUCGGGUGGAGAAUAGGGAAUGGGCAUUCAGUCGACAUAUGGAAUGAUUACUGGCUCUCUGAGUUUCCUGUUAGAAAACUGGAAAGUAAUAGUGCAAUACGACAUGGAAGGGUUUCGGAUCUCAUUAUUCGGCCAGAAAAUAGGUGGAAUGAUACCUUCAUUCGUUCGAUCUUUAAUGAAGCAGAUGCAAAAAGAAUCCAAAAAUUUGGCUACCUAUCCCUCCCCCAAGAAGAUGUGCUAGUUUGA